GAAAUUGUACUCUCUCUAGUUUACAUUGUUUUUGCAUGUGUUCUCUCCCAGGCUUACCGCAUCUUUAAUACGUGGAUGGGAGACCCCUCUAAGAACUUGUUCCUGGCAGAGGUCCUGAAUGUAAUCCGUAGAGAGAAUCUUCUGGAAGAGGUCACGCGCUCUGGGAAAGCCUUGCUGCAGGGGCUUUAUGCACUACAGGCACAGUACCCUAACCUGUUGAGCCGCGCUCGAGGACAGGGGACAUUCUGUGCCAUUGACAUUUGCAAUGAUGCAACACGUAACAGUAUCCUCCUUAAGGCCAGGGACAAAGGGGUUCUCCUGGGGGGUUGUGGCGACUGCUCGAUUCGGUUCCGUCCAUCUCUGGUCUUUAAGGAGUACCACGUUCACCUUUUGCUCAACAUCUUCAAUGAUGUUCUGGCAGAACACAACUAGAAGCCAACUAAACACAACCCUGUCCCAACCCAACUUAAAUAUGGUCAGCCCAACUGGGGAGGGAGAGCACAAUAAGGAGGUUCAUGAAGCACACAGAUUUUCUCACGGAACACUUUUCUUUCUUCUCAUACUUGUUCCUCGCAUGGCAGUUCAUCCAUAGUGUCUUAGCCAUUUAUUUGGAAACCCCAUUUGAAAGCACAUAAUAGUAAUAUCAAUUGCUCUUAUUGUGAUUCAAGCUUUUCAAAUACCAAUUUUUCGAAGCAGUUCCCUCCAUGGGUAUUUCAUUAAUAGAAAGCAAAUUGUAUUUGAAAUUAAGCUUAUCAAUUCCUUUAAGUGCAGAAAUAGGAUGUACACAUCUAAUAAUUACCCAUCCUUAAAAAAGUGUGUUUUUACAAAACAGUUUUUCAGCUUUGCCUGAAAUGUUUUAACCCUAACCAAUGUGAUUUUGUGAAGGACAAUGGGAUAAUAAUGUAAAGGUUAUUAAUGUGCCCGCAUGUUGUGUAAUUUCCCAACUUUUUACUCAAGUAUUGCAGGUUUCAUACUAUAAAACUAGAAUCUAUUGAAAAAUACUCAUUAACAAUAUCUUCACUAACAGGCUAUCAAGAUGUACAACAGUGGUACUAUAUAACAUGUAGUACAACAUGUACUUUUCAAGAUAUCAUUCCUCCCCAAAUAGUAGCAAUAGUAUGUAUUUUUGGCGCAAUGUCUACGUAAAGCCACGCCCAUGUGGGCAGGGCAUCUUAGUAUGUUUUUUCGGUAUCCUUUUUUAAAACAACAGAACCCAUAGUUGAUGUACAGUACAAGGUAUUUCCAUAGUCUUGAAUGCCUCUAAUAUUUUUGAAUAUUGUGGGCAGGUUGAAAUGUUGUGGAGAGCUCUAGUCUGAGGCUUCUGCUAAAUUGUCAUUAAGCCUUCAUAAUGAUGACGAUGGUGCCAGUCUUAUUUGGCCAAGUCAGUAUUGUAUAGAGAGCUGUGUUUUAUUGAUUACUUGUUAAUCAUUAACAAUAUAUAAAGAGUAUUACUAUGUUGGUUUACAGUGUUUUGUGAGUUAGAAUAUUAUUGAUGUCAUUAUUUCAAAUGGCUAUUGUCUAUGAAGCAUCCACUAUGUAUUCUAAAAUAAUAAACCAUAAUGAAAUGUU